GGUGGAGUAAACAGUUCACCCCCCAGUUCGCCCCGGUCCACGACUCGCCAAACCACGGAACGCCGCUGAGGUUUAUUUUGGAUAAUCCCAAAGUCAAGGCCUACUUCCAAACCUUGGACGUCGACGUGCACGAAGGUGCCGCUCUCUUCCACAUUUUGGAUGACGGAGACGGCGAAUGCACGUUGGAGGAGUUCAUCGGUGGAAUCUUGCGCUGCAAGGGCCCCGCACGCGCCAUCGACCAGGUUGCCAUGAUGGCAGACUUGCGACAGUUAGACAAGAAGUUAUCCAAGUUGAUUCAAGGACUUCACGACGCGCAGAUUGUCGUGAUUAACGAGAGUGGAGAGAUGCCCCGGCCAAUCUCCAAGUCCGCGAGCAAUUCGCAGCAUUCCUCCACGAGCAUGGAGGUGACGAAGACGCAGAGCCGCCGACGGGCGUCCGAAGCGGCGCAGAGCUUUCUUUACAAAACCUCGAUGCUUCCGAAGCUGAAGCAUGCGGGGACCGCUUCGUUGGGUGCAGAGGAGACCUUCGUGAUGUAGGUGGCCCACGUGUUUCAAGAUGCGGUUGACUUGCCAAUUGUUUUGCGCAAGUUUGUGGAGUUGUGAAUCGGUCGGGGUGACCAACUGGCAAG